UCAUUAAUUUUAAUUUAAUUUAGUUGAAAAAAUUAUUCAAUCUUGCAUAUAGAACGAUCAAUAUUUAUAUAUCGGAUUAUUGCCGAUAAGAAUGAGAAAAAGGAAUGUGCAUGUGGACAAGAAAAGACAAAAAUACUUUUCUAAAGACAUUCUAUCACUUAUAUUUUAUUUUCUCACGUUUGUCGUGAAAAAAUAGCUGUUCAUUGAAGACCGCCUCCGGAUGCUGCUCAAGGGAUCUUUUCUUUGCAGAAACAAAAUUUGAGAAAAGAGAAAUGAGAUUUUGUCAUUUGUCUUUAUUGAUUGAUAUUUAUUAUUGGAAUACUUAUAAAAAAUUCAGUUUUAAAAUGAGACGUUUAAGUUUAACGUAGAUCGACGUAGUCAGAUAUAAUUACAUCCGGAAGUGUCGACACGUAUAUAGGCGUUUUGAUCGGUCGCGAUAAAAAAAUCGAUAAAAUCAUGCAAUAAGAUAGAAGGAGGUCGAUGCCGUGGCAGGAAGUAAAGUCGCCGCAUAAUUUAAUAACAUUAAAUCGUCUUCUCUUCUUCUCCCCCUCCUCCUUUCUCUCUCUUUUUCUCUUUCGAUUGCUAAUUUACGAUUUCUUUUAUUACGAAUAUCGAAAUCGAAUAAUAUCGAAAUUGCAUUUUUUUACAACGUUUUAUCGCUCCGAAUACGCAACGUAUGUAUGUAAUACACUAUAUUAUCUUAUUUUGUUUUCCGCAUGCACAAUGUUUAUACGAAAAUUGUUAUUAUUGGCAGUAUGAUAUAUGCUGCUUCGUAAAGAAACUAAAAAUCAGAGUCAUAUCGCUUCGAUUUACGACCUGUACACUACUAUCUCUUGAAUAAUUUUAGAUAUAGACGUACGUAACGAAAACGGACACGUUAUUUCUAGAUUGUUCGUAUCAGUAAUCCGUAUGGUUUUCUAUUCAGAAACACCAUAAAUUUAUUUUGAAUCGAUUCUUUCGGAAUUACACCUUCGAAAAUAAUGCACCUUUCGAGGUGUGAUUAUGAUGUAAAUUCACGACUGUAUGGUAUGGAUUAAUUUGGUUAAACCUUAAAUGAUUAACGAAUUUUUCAAACGAAAACUCAAUCAGCCAAAGAAAUGCAUUUUUUAAAUGAAUAUUAUUGAAAAAUAAUUGUUUUAAGAAGAUGGAAAAGAUUUGAUGAAAAGUACUGAAAAAAUAUAAAAAAUAGUGUAAGGUUUUUAAAAAACUAUUUUUUAGGUAUUCAAAUGUUAAAAAGAUUGAUGUGUAGAAAUGAGAUUGAAAAUAUUAGUACAAUUAAAUGAUAUUUCACGUCUGUGAUACAUGAUUUUUUUUGAUAAUUUCUACUUGUUUUGAUAUUUUAUUUUUGUAACUUUGACAAGAGUAUACAAAUUGUUCAUCGAAAUAGACAAUUUUUUAUUUCCCAUAAUUUAAGAUUGUAUACUUUAGAUUGUAUUCAAAUGAUAAGACAAAGUCUAGUUCUUCCAUACUCGUGUGUUCGGUAUGUAUCGUACAUUAUUUCCGAUCAGUCUGACAGAAUGAUCAAAGUUUCUUUGCCUCCACCUCUCUGCAUCAUUCUUCAGUCUCUUGUCUGCUCCAAUCUUCUUUCUUUUUUUUUGUCAGAGUAUGUAUUCAGAUACAUAUGUAUGUACACAUCACACGUCGCGUUCAGCGAGAUCCGUCGAUGCCUGACGAAGUACAAGCAGUUAUCAGUCGCUUUACGAACGGUUGCUAUGCGAUAUGGUAGGGGUUCCUGCGGUCACCUACUAUGCUAGCUCGACCAGUCAGAAGUCAGUGUAAGAGCCGGCCGGUUGUGCCGGCUCCUUUUCCUGUCUCUGUUUUUCGCGUAUGCACACUUCUCGCAGUGUCUUUGCAACUUGGUUGCUUCGAAAAAAAGUCGUCGUACGUUUCGUCGGUGCAAAUGCCAAUUCACGGAACGCGUGAGUGAUUCGAGAAGAAAAAAAAAGGAAGGGUCAUCUUCGUAACCGUUCUGGAGAACGAUUUGGAAUCGAACAACGAAAUUCGUUCCAAAUCCCAUUAAAUUUGGAAGGACUCAUGUUGAAAAAACUCGUGACACUUUGCGACAGGACCACUUUCGAAAGAUCAUCAGUAAGGUCUCUCGGUAUCGGUGGCGGAUGGAAGUUCGGGAUUUUUGAAUUUAUAACAGUGGCGCGUUCAAUUUAAAUUUAAAUCCGUAUUGCUAUCGGUAUUAUUAUCGAUAUCGGAUGCUGGCACGGAAGAUUCGAAGAAAAUAAACACUAAACUAAGUAGUUUUCAAAAGAGAAUUCAGAACUUGAAACAGAAUCACGGGCGAAAAAAUGUGCGAAAACAAUAAGACUUACUAAAUUGCAUUGUGUUGUGUGUUGGCUUUGUUCGUGUGAGGUCACCAUCACAUGGCGGAACGUUUUGAGUAUUGUGACACUUUUAUUUGUGUCGCAAAUUUGCAUGCAAGGACGCAGGAGUGAAUUCUGUUUCUAAAAAUAAACCCUAUCACUCGAUUGCACUGAUAUGUUAAUAAUAUUCUUCGAUACUUGACGAAUCGUAAAUAUGCUGGGUGGCCUGUAUGGAACUCUGUGAUACUCGGUGAUACGUGAUACUGCAACUGGUACGUGAUAUGUCACUGACCCAUUGCGAUACACGCAAGUUUUUGGAUAAGAAAUUGUCAAUUUGUGCACGAUAUUCAAUUCGAUUUUGCGGGGAAAAGUGAGCAUGACACUGGACGGAAUUCAGGAUGAGUUGAAAACGCCUACGGAACAAAUCACAUCGAUGAACGGCAACUCGGCCAGCGUGCCGGCAGGCCGAGUCAACGACUCGACCUCGCCUUUACCCUCGGAGAGUAGGCACGCCGAGGAAACAGCCGGUUCCACUGUCCUUAAGAUGGGCAGCAUGGAUUCGGCGGGCAACGCCCGCGGGCCCUCCUGUGGUUUGGUCGGCUCUCUUCUUCCCAGCUGUCGGGGUAGUGCGGAGGCGUUUGCUCGGUGUCUUCAUCGACGGCUAACGUCACUGGGCGAGAACGGUUCUCCUGAACGGUCCGCGGAUGCUGCCAAACCGUGUGAAACCUCCUGGCUGCAUCCAUCGAGCAAUCGGCACAUAAUUGCCAACAGUCUUACCGCUAACAAUCAGCAUCCGAUUCUUCAGCAUCAGCCGCGUCAUAGUCCGGAAUCGGAUCUCUUCUACGAUAUUGAAGUAGAAGAGGCAGAAGUGGACGGACCGGGUUCGCCCCCCGAGGAAGCGACCGCCGCUGAAUUAGCGAAUCUGCUGGUAAACCCGGGAAGUCUAAAGGCAAGUCAUCAUGAUGCCUGUCAUUGUUCACCUAGCGGAACCAAAAUGACGUCUGGCGUCACAGGCGUUCAUCAAGAUCCUGAGGCUUGCUUGUUUGCAUCGCCAAUAACUGGUACACCACCUGACAGUGAUUCCUCUGAGAUGUUUUUCGAUCCAGAGUCCUCAGAAACGGAUAAAUCGAAAGCCGAGGUCUAUUUUGAUCCUAUCAGCACUUCGGACAGCGAGACUACGAAUCUCUCCAACACUCCCGGUCUUGCGAGGACCAAGCUUACGUUAAACGGACGGAAGCGGAUGGAAAUACAUCCAGAACGCUGCGACGACACAACAUCUGAAUCGAGUUGUUCCUCGAGAAGAAAUCCUGUAUCUUGCAAGAGUAGUCGUCCAGAAGAAGGAUUAGGCUGCAGUUCGGAAGACUCACUAAACGGUAGAAGUUCUCAGGAAACAACGUCACCCAGCCACGAGUCUUUGUGGAGCACGUUCGACGACAGCACCGUAUCGCUGCAGGAUGAGAGUCCAUCCAGAACAAUUCAAGAUUCCGUUAUCCCUCAUAUCUGUUUGCCUAAGUCUCAUUCUGAUUCUGAACUACCGAGCAACGGUAUUAGCAUAGUAGUAUUUAACAAACUCGAUAGACGGGAGGUAGAAGAUGAGAUGAAUGAACGUGAAAUCGAUAAGGUUCCCAGUAGUAUGUCGAAGAAUGUGAUGUGCGAGAUCAGGAACCGCAGUCUUUUCACGAUGCAAGAUGUUGAGAAUGAUAGUAACUUAACGAAAAAUGAUUCUUUUAAUGGUACUGAAGUUAAUGUGAUUGAGAAUAAGGACAAUGAAGAACGUAUGGAAUUGGAAUCUAAAACGACAUCGCCAGAGAGUUCGUCGCACUUAAAGGAGGCCAGUGAUACUGAUACCGAUCAUUCAUCCUAUAGUAGUACUAUUGAUAUUUCGUUUACAUUGGAAUGUUCGAAUGAUGCUACAGUGACCGAGGCAAUCUCGCGGAAUGAGUUGAACCUAAAAAUUGAAAAGGACAUUGCGCUAAACGAGAGUGACGAGAAGUUGUGUCUGUUACUAAAAAAAUUUGGCAGCAGUUCUAUCACAAAAGAAGAAGAUUCAUCGCCAGAACAGGAGACUCAAAGCGAGACAGUGGAAGAAGAGGAAGAUAGACCGCAGAGAGUUCGAAGGUGCUCCUCCUUGAAAACGGGAAAAACACCACCAGGUACACCGCACAGAAAAAAGAUUGUCAGAUUUGCGGACAAACUUGGUCUCGAUUUGGCAGAUGUGAGAAUGUUCCUGGAUGAAAUACCGAAGAUACCCAACUCCGCGUACAGCGACCUGAGCUACGAUAACAUCUUUCGACCAGAUAGUAAUUCGGAGAAUACGGCGUCCACUUGUGACAACUGGUGUGAUCGUUAUCAGAAUGAUGGUAGGCGCCAAUCUACGUCGACGAUACCCAGAAAGAUCGAUCGAAUGCUGGUACCGCUUUUCCAGCAACCGGGCGGUAUGUCGAACUUCCUGGAUAUAGUGCGUGAACGUCUGGUUUGCCUGGAAAACGUGGUAGUACAAGAUCCAACGACCUUGACAGUCCAGGGCACGGUGCGCGUAAUCAAUCUCGAUUUUCAUAAGUCUGUACAUGUGCGAUAUACUCUUAAUUCCUGGCGGAACUUCAGCGACCUGCAGGCGACCUAUGUGCCUAACUCGUGCGACGGGUUCAGCGACAAAUUCUCUUUUAUUCUGUAUUGCCACACGUUACUGGUUGGUCAGAGACUUGAGUUUGCAGUUCGGUUCCAAUGCAAGGGCGCGCAGCAUUGGGAUAACAACGCCGGUGCCAAUUACUGCUUCCAGUGUCUGCCAGCCUCCUCGUCAUCAACCGGAUAUAUACCGAUCACCGCUGAUGAGUGUCGGCGCGAAAGCUGGCCAUCGUUUUACUGACGGAUGUCUAGACCAUGCGUUUGUUUGAUUUAAUGAUAUGACAGCGGCGUGACUCCGGGAACAAACUGAAAAAAAUUGUUGAAGAGGUGUGUAAGCUGGCAAUAGUUGAUGUUUUUACAUGUUCCUAAAAAAGUGCUUUGUAACGAAGUGUGCAAAAUGGAAUCUGUUACUAUUGUCCACUAUUUCAGAGAGCUCUCGGAAAGUUUUCGUAAUGUACGAGUACAAUAGCAUAUAUUGAUCUUCGCAAGAAUAUCAGGUAUUAAACGUUAUUGGAAUAAUAAUUUUUUAGAAAAGAAAGGUUAUAGUGUAAUAGCAAUUGUUUUUUAACGGCUGACUAUAGUAACGAAUGAAAAAUAUUUGUUUGCGGAUUAUGGGAACAAUGAUUUUAUUGUAUCGUUGUAACGAUAAAUAAACGGAUGGAAUUGCUUAAUUAUCAAACGAUUCCAACGUUUUUCAAUGAGUUUAUAUAAUUGAUCUAGUAUUUUGGAAGCAGAGAAGUAAUGCAUACACACAUACACACGUUAUGGAUUAUCAAUAAAAUGUGAAAAA